UCUAUAAUACGGAUAUAUUUAUAUUUAUUAUAUUCAUACAUUUAUAUAUACACAAAAUAACCGUCAUCUCUGUCUUCUAUCAAUAAACCUUUUUUUUUUUUUCUAGAAUUUUCUCCGGUUUAGUUUCCGGGAUUCUUUGCCAUGGCGGCCCAUUUGAAUCACUUAGUGACGGUUAUUUUCGCGGCGGUGGUGUGGAUUUUACAGUUGGAGUUGGGGGAGGCGUUUGGGACAUUCGGGUUCGAUGUUCACCACCGGUAUUCGGAUCCGGUGAAGGGUAUUUUGGACCUUCAAGGCUUGCCGGAGAAGGGUAGCGUCGAUUACUACUCCGCCUGGGCGGCGCGUGACAAACACCGCCUUUCCAAGGGGCGUCGCCUCGCUGAUUCCGGCGAUUCGUCUAUGCUGACUUUCGAAGCUGGGAAUGAGACUGUGCGGAUAUCUGCUUUGGGAUUCUUACACUAUGCAAAUGUUUCGGUGGGCACGCCUCCUCUAUCAUUUCUCGUGGCACUGGACACCGGAAGCGAUCUGUUUUGGGUGCCAUGUGGUUGCAAAAACUGUGCGCGGGGUCUUAUGAUAGGACAAGUAAGAAUAGAUUUUAAUAUGUAUAGCCCGAAUGCCUCAUCGACCAGUGAGAUUGUUCGUUGCAAUGGUACCCUGUGUGGAAAAAGAAGACAAUGCUUAGUAGAAAGCAAUGCUUGUGCCUAUAGCGUUGCUUAUCUCUCUCAGAACACCUCGUCACAAGGGGUAUUGGUAGAGGAUGUCUUGCACCUAGUCACUGAAGACAGUCAACAGAAAAGCAUCGACGCACCGAUUACGUUAGGCUGUGGAAUUGUGCAAACCGGAGCGUUUCUGGAUGCUGCUGCUCCUAAUGGCCUAUUUGGGCUUGGAGUCGGGGAUCUUUCUGUUCCUAGCAUUUUAGCUUCCAAGGGAAUUACUGCAAAGUCAUUUUCUAUGUGUUUCGGGCAAGAUGGACUUGGCAGAAUAGUUUUCGGGGACAAAGGCAGUUCAAACCAAGGAGAAACGCCAUUGAAUGUUGAUCAAUCACACCCGACUUAUAACGUCAGCCUUACGCAAAUAGCUGUGGACAAAAACGUCACUGAUGUUGAUUUUACAGCAGUGUUUGACUCUGGCACAUCCUUCACAUAUCUAAAUGAUCCAGCUUACAAAAUCAUUACAGAGAAUUUCAAUUCUUUCGCAAAGGAGCCACGCCAUCAAUUUACUUCUAAGUCUGCUCUUCCUUUUGAAUAUUGCUAUGAUUUAAGUCCAAAUCAAACUUCGUUUGUGGUUCCUGAUUUGAAUCUAACAAUGAAAGGUGGUGACCAGUUUUAUGUUAUUGACCCAGUAAUAAUUAUGUCUGUUAAGAAUGAAGCAGUUGGCUAUUGUUUAGCUGUUGUCAAAAGCGAAGAUAUCAACAUCAUUGGACAAAAUUUUAUGACUGGCUACCGGGUGGUUUUUGAUGCCGAGAAGCAGGUUUUGGGCUGGGAACAAUCAGACUGUUACAAUGCUACAGAAUCCAAAACGUCUACUCUUCCUAUAAACAAGCAGAACUCAACAACCGAAGCACCUUCGCCUGCUACUGUGAAUCCCGAGGCCACUUCGGGAAAUACAAUUCAGCCUCCUCUGUCAACUCCAACAGGUUUGGUGCCAACACCUGCAGGAAACCAUGCAUCACACUUGAAUGGUUUCUUUGGCAAACUAAUGAUGGCUUUUUUCUCGAUUUCUUGCUAUUUUUGGAUCAUUAUAUCUUCUUGAGGCUUGUUUAGCCUGUAUAGUGUAUACCAUAUCUGAACCACAUCUGUUACACCAUUUUUAGCACAAUAAUCAUUAUUUAUUGUAAAAUAUAGGUGGAUGUAUACUUACUGAACUUCCUUUGGUAUAGUUAAUACAUUUUCUUUUUGCUAGUGUUUUUA